ACCUAUCACUCAGUCCAAUUCUUCAGAUUUGUCUUUGUUGCUUAGAGUUUCUAGAUUGUCAUAUGUAUGCAAUUCUCAUUUUUUAUUUUUACGUUCUUUGUUGUAAGGGGGACUACAGGAAGCAUUAGACUAUUCCACCAUCUUGGCCCUGCCUCGUAGAAUAUAUGCUCUUGAGCAAGUUAUAUGAGAUAUUAUUGUCAUAGUUUAUAUGAAACAUAAACUUUCUUCAUAAUCUUUAAAGCAGUACAAAAGUAUUAAUUUGUGGGUUGCCACUUAAACUGCUGAUAAUGAGUGGUCAUAUUCUGGCAAUGCUCUAAUCAUAUUCAUGUGAUUUUAGUGACAAGACUUGGGUACAAAUAUCUGGGGAAAAUCUAAGAGGAGAGAGUAGGAUUGGCUUAUUGGAAGGAAGAAGAAAAUUGCAGCCCCAGGCAUGUCUUGUUAUUGGGAUGUGGUGAGUAUAAGAGGAAUGCUGGGUAGAGGUGUGAAAAGUGAGGAUAGUUACUUAGACAAAGUAUAAAAGGAGACAACCAGUAGUGUAAAACUCUACUGCUUACUUAAUUUUAGAGAUUAUAGAUCAAAGACUCACUUGCUAGAGCUGGAAAAAAUCUUAAUAUCAAAAUAAGAUGAAAGUACAUGACAUUUAUGAAUCUUAAUGUCUAAACCAAUCCCUUUUACCUGGACUCUACUCUUAUCUCUCUCUUUCCCUUCUAUGCAGAAAAAAAUUGCUGUUAAAGAAUGUAAAAUGCCCUUUUAUCGGUCAUUAUGUCUGGUGCCAACAGCUCCAGCCUGACCCCAGGGUUCUUUAUCUUGAAUGGCAUCCCUGGACUGGAAACUGCACACAUCUGGAUCUCCCUGCCAUUCUGCUUCAUGUACAUCAUCGCUGUGGUGGGGAACUGUGGGCUCAUCUACCUCAUCAGCCAUGAAGAGGCUCUGCACAGGCCCAGGUACUAUUUUUUGGUCCUGCUAUCCUUUACUGAUGUUACUUCAUGCACUACCACUGUACCCAAUAUGCUCUGCAUAUUCUGGUUCAACCUCAAGGAGAUUGACUUUAACACCUGCUUGGCCCAGAUGUUUUUUGUGCACAUGUUGACUGGGAUGGAGUCUGGGGUGCUCAUGCUCAUGGCACUGGACCGCUACUUAGCCAUCUGCUACCCCUUGCGUUAUGCCACCAUCCUCACCAACCCUGUCAUCGCCAAGGCUGGUCUUGCCACCUUUUUGAGAAGCGUGAUAUUCAUUAUGCCGUUCACCUUCCUCACCAAGCGCCUGCAAUACUGCCAAGGCAACUUCAUUCCUCACACUUACUGUGACCACAUGUCUGUGGCCAAAGUGUCCUGUGGCAAUUACAAGGCCAAUGCUAUUUAUGGUCUCUUGGCAGCUCUCCUGAUUGGGGGCUUUGAUAUGUGUUGUAUCUCAGUGUCUUACACGAUGAUCCUGAAGACGGUGGUAAGUUUGUCAUCAGCAGAUGCUGGUCACAAGGCCUUCAGCACCUGUACCUCCCACAUAUGUGCUAUUGUCAUCACAUAUGUUCCAGCCUUAUUCACUAUUUUUACUCACCGUUUUGGGGGACAAAACAUUCCCCACCAUGUCCAUAUCAUUAUUGCUAAUCUCUAUUUGAUGUUGCCUCCUACCCUGAACCCCAUUGUUUAUGGAGUCAAGACCAAGCAGAUCCAGGAAGGAGUUAUGAAAUUAUUUUUUAGGGAGGAAAAUGUCUUGAUGAAAUAAAUUGAUGAUUUAAUACCAAAAUACAAGGGAAGACAAAGAAUACUUUAGAGAAAACUUGUGAGUGUAAAAUUAAACCAAAGAUGUCUCAUUCCAGAAAGCAAGAUUUAUUGAAUAUUUUAUAUUAACUGGAUUUUUUUAGUGGCACCCUAUCAAUGAUAAGAAACAAUUAAAUAAAAGAUAUGCCACCUGUAUUAGAGGAGUUCUCUCUUAAAAAGAAUUCCACAUUAGUGUAAUUUCUAGGUUGUUAGGAAGCAAUUGUAUUGCUUAGGCUGCUAAUAUAUUUUGCAUGUCAAACAAAUCUCAAACGGGAUGUA